AUGGGUUUGGUACCAGAGUCUCUAUGGCCCACCGUCAUUGAGAUGUGGGUGGAAUAUGCCAUCGGCAUACUCGUCCUGUUUCUCCGCGUCUUCAGUCGGUGCAAGAUGGUUGGCUGGAAAUGGCAAGGCGACGAUUAUUUGGCGAUUUCAGCCAUUCUAUUUUUUACAUUUGAGGUCAUGAUGUGCCAGAUCAUUGUUGAAAAGGGGAGCAUUACUGGCAUGACAGAUGCAGUUGCCCUCACAUUGACUCCCGAAGAGUACAAGAGUCACGAGACCGGCGCUAAGUGGCUGUUCGCGGCGUGGUACAUUUACGUCAGCUUGAUCUGGAGUUUGAAGGGCAUCAUGCUGUUUUUCUUCUUCAGGGUCACCAAGUCUCUGCCCGAGGAACGCCUGGUCAAGGUGGUUUCUGUUAUCACCGUUGCCGCAUACUUGGCAACUCUUGCAGUCAUCACCGGUCACUGCCGCCCAAUUCACAGGCUUUGGCAGGUGUACCCCUACGCCGGAGAUGAUUGUACCCAGAAUAGGUCCAAGUACUACGCGCUGGUCACGACAAAUGUCUUCACCGAUAUUUUGAUCAUGUACAUCCCGAUCCCCCUGCUGUGGAGGUUGCAAACCACGUUGAAGAGGAAAUUGUCUUUCGGUCUGAUGUUCUGCGCCGGUUUCUUCAUUGUCAUCUGCACCCUUCUCCGCUGCAUCAUCUGCCUGCAGACGCCCGAGAGACUUGAUCUGGGUCUGAACUGGUCGAUCCGUGAAACCGUUAUCGGUAUCAUCUGCACCAACGCGCCUUCGAUCAAGCCUCUCUUCCCCAGCCGUCACAAGGGAUCGACCGCGAACAGCCAUACCCCCACCGGCCUCGUCACCUUCGGCGGUACCGGCUCGAACCACAAGCGAUCGCGCUUGAGGGAAGACCACGAGAGAAUUCCCGACGACGGAUCGGUUGGUAGCCAGGAGCACAUCGUGAAGCCGAAGGGGGGAAACCAGACCAGCGCGUUCGCUGACAACCGUAGCGACGAUCGCAGCUUCGACGAUCAAGCGAGGUAUAAUGGGGGCAUUCAGGUUAAGAGCGAGUACAAGGUUGAGGUCCGGUAG